ACGAGCACUUCCGGAACUUCCCGGCACCUUGGCGUGCUUGGCCUGCUAGAGCGAACCUCUCGGCUCGCGUGCCGGUGCCUGGCCUGCUCCGGGGUCUCACGAGCCUCGGGUUUCUUGGUCUGAUGGCUACCUCGACCCUGUUUGUGGGCCGCCUUCCGCCCUCAGCCAGCAGUAAGCAGCUGGAGGAACUGUUCAGUCAGGUGGGGCCGGUGAAGCAGUGCUUCGUGGUGACCGAGAAAGGAAGUAAGGUGUGCCGAGGCUUUGGCUACGUCACAUUUUCUAUGCGGGAAGAUGUUCAAAGGGCCAUUAAGGAGGUUACCACCUUUGAAGGUUGCAAGAUCGAUGUAACUGUCGCCAAGAAAAAACUAAGGCACAAGACCAAAGAAAAGGGGAAAAAUGAAAAUUCAGAAUUCCCAAAGAAAGAACCAAAGCCUAAAAAAGCCAAAGCUGCAGAUAAGAAAGCCAGAUUGAUUAUUCGGAAUCUGAGCUUUAAGUGUUCAGAAGAUGAUUUGAAGACACUAUUUACUCAGUUUGGAACUGUCCUAGAAGUAAAUAUCCCUAGGAAACCAGAUGGGAAGAUGCGUGGUUUUGCUUUUGUUCAGUUCAAAAACCUCCUAGAAGCAGGAAAAGCUCUCAAAGGCAUGAACAUGAAAGAGAUAAAAGGGCGGAUGGUGGCUGUAGAUUGGGCGGUGGCAAAGGAUAAAUAUAAAGAUACACAGUCUGCGUCUGCCCCAGUAGGUCAGGAGAAGAACUCUGAACCUGAACAUCAAGGAUCUAUUAAAAAGAAUGUUAGGGAGGAAGAGGAUGUGGAAGGGGAAGAGGACGAUGAAGAUGAUGAAGAUGAUGACGAAGACAGUGACGAUGAUGACAGUGCUGGGGGGAGUAAAGCAUCAAACUUGACCAAGCCCGUGCAGAUUCAGAAAAGAGCAAUCAAGAGAGCAGCUCCUGCAGAAAGCAGUGAAGAUCAUUCUGAUGAGGACAGUGACCAAGAGGAGAAAGAAGGUACCGAUGAUGGCGAGGACAUGGACCAGAGUGACACCAGCAAUGAUGAGCAAGAAGAUGAAGAUGUGCAAAUCUCAAAGAAAAAGAAGAGGAAAUUGCCCUCUGAUGUGACUGAAGGGAAAACUGUAUUUAUCAGAAACCUGUCCUUUGACUCAGAGGAAGAAGAUCUUGGGGAGCUCCUCCAGCAAUUUGGAAAUCUGAAAUAUGUUCGCAUUGUCUUGCAUCCAGACACAGAGCAUUCUAAAGGUUGUGCCUUUGCUCAGUUCACGACUCAAGAAGCAGCUCAAAAGUGCCUUACAGCUGCUUCUCCAGAGAGUGAGGGAGGCGGGCUUAAACUGGAUGGCCGGCAACUCAAGGUUGACUUGGCAGUCACCCGUGAUGAGGCUGCAAAGCUUCAGACAAAGAAGGUGAAGAAGCCAACGGGAACCCGGAACCUGUAUCUGGCCCGAGAAGGCUUGAUUCGUGCUGGGACGAAGGCUGCAGAGGGUGUGAGUGCUGCUGAUAUGGCCAAAAGAGAACGGUUUGAGCUACUGAAGCAUCAGAAACUCAAGGACCAGAAUAUCUUUGUCUCCCAAACCAGACUCUGCCUGCACAAUCUCCCAAAGGCCGUGGAUGACACACAGCUCAGAAAGCUGCUGCUGACUGCCACUAAAGGGGAGAAAGGUGUGCGCAUCAAGGAGUGUCGAGUGAUGCGAGACCUUAAAGGAGUGCAUGGGAAAGUGAAGGGUCAGUCCCUGGGCUAUGCCUUUGCAGAGUUCCAGGAGCAUGAGCAUGCCCUGCGAGCCCUCCGCCACAUCAACAACAAUCCAGAAAUAUUCGGGCCUCAGAAGAGACCAAUAGUGGAGUUCUCUUUGGAAGAUCGAAGGAAACUUAAAAUGAAGGAACAAAGGAUUCAGCGGAGCCUGCAAAAAAUGAGAACCAAGCAUGCAACUGCUGAGCCCCAGAAGGAGCGACUAGAGCCCGGAAAAGACCAGCACCAGAAGGCAGCUCCAGACCAUACACGGCAGCAGAGCAAGGCCGCCCCAGGGCAGAAGGGGAAAGCGGGCUCUGCCUCCUGGACAGGAUUCCAGACCAAGGCCGAAGUGGAGCAGGUCGAACUGCCUGAUGGGAAGAAGAGAAGAAAGGUCCUGGCACUCCCCUCUCACCGCGGACCGAAAAUCAGGUUGCGGGACAAAGGCAAAGUGAAGUCCCUCCCUCCCAAAAAGCCGAAGUCCCAGAUAAACCAGUGGAAGCAGGAGAAACAGCAGUUACCUUCCAAGCAGGUGCCUCGGAAGAAAGCUAAGCGAAAUCAGACAGAAAUGCGCUUCAACCAGCUGGUCGAACAGUAUAAGCAGAAACUAUUGGGACCUUCUAAAGGGGCACUUCUUGCAAAGAGGAGCAAAUGGUUUGAUAGCUAAUGAUGCCCGCAGAUGGCUAAGAUGCUGGGAUAUGUACUUCGUGGUGAAGCUCCUGGGCUCCUACCACCCCUGCGUCUGUUAAUGAGGGAACAAAGCCCUGAGGGCACCUGCCACUCUGUUGGAGGCUUCCUAGGCCAGGCACAUCUGAGCUUGGGUCCCUCUUCUGGUGUGUGGUAAGCAAGCCACAGAGAGCUAUUUGACAAACAUCAUGAUGCUUCUUAUAUGUUGUCCAGAUAAUUGUGUGAACUUGUACCUAUAAUUGUUACCCAUUUUUAUUAUUUGUUUCUCAUGUGGAAACACUUGUAAAAAGCAUCCUGGAAUGCUGAAUUUUUAAGAUGUAUAUUUUUUUGAACAUCUCCUAUAAAUGAGAAAUUGUGUAGCUUUUUGAAUAGCAGAUGCUUUUAUUUCUGAUACAUGUGACUCCUUUGUUACUUAUCAAUGUUUGUGACUGUCCUAAUUUAGUUACAUGGUCCUUUAUUACCUCAGGAGUUCACUAAGCAGAGAAAAAUGCUUUCUAACAUCAUCACUGCAGGUGGGAGACACUGGAAGACAAUCCGGGGCCUGAGGCCUGGCAGUGAGCAACCCCUGGCGAAUGUUUGCCCAGGAAGUGGGUGGAAGUUAAAGAUCAGCUGGAAGCCUGUUUGCAGAAGCCCACAGACACUAACCUGGCUAGGGUGAUCUGCAUUUCUCUCCUAGAGCACUUCCUCCUGAAGACCCAGAGAGCUAGUGGGCGUGGUGGCCCACACUCUAGCCUGACUUGAUGUCACCUAGUGGGUGGCCUUGGGCCAGAUGCCAUCUCUCUGGGUCUUAGUUUCCUCAUCUAUAGAAUAAGGAGUUUAACUAAAUGUUUUCUCUGAUCUUUCCCAGCUCUACAUCUUUUUCUAAAUCAUUCCUACUCAUAUUCUUCCUUUUCUAAAUUUUGGUGGUAUCACAAAGCUGGCAGGGAUGUUGAGUAUUAGAGAGUCAGCUUUACAAGGGUCCUGAUGGCAGGAAGGAGUGGGCUGAGUCUGAUAAGAUGAAAACCACGGGGGGCAAAUGUAAAUCCCCGUGCUCAUGUCAGAAAACCCGCUGCACACCUUCUGGUGUGAGGGUUGGAUUCGAUUGAAUUCACACUGCGAAGCUGCAUUCUGGUUCCCACACAGUGUAGGGCUCUCAAGCUGUCCUAGUGGACAUAUGAUGUCUCAGGUGAGUGAGCUGCUGGUACUCUGGGCUGGCCAGACCACACCUGUAAACACACGUCAUGACCGCAUGGUAGAGGAGAUAAAAAUGUCACAUGGGGGCAAAAUUGGUCAUGCAUUCCUUGUUGUGGAAGCUGAUCAUGGGUAAAUGGAUACUUAUUAUACUAUGCUCCCUGUGUCUGUGAACGUUUAAAAUUUUCCAUAAUAAAAAGCUGAAGAAAAGUCA